AUGAACGUAUUCCGAAAUAAGAAGAAGGGCAAGGAUGAGGCCGAAAGUGCCCGUCCGUCGAUGGAGUCCGAGUCCUCCAGCCCCUUUCGAAUGUUUGGCAAAAAGAAAGGCCAAAGCGAAGAGACCAAGCCCGAACUCGACAUCAGCAGUGCCCUGCCCUCCACGGACGACUUCAGAACUAGCUUGCUGAUGACUGGUCUCUCGGCUCGGUUUUCAAUGCUGCGCGAGCAAGACGACCCUACCACCAAGGUGGGCAAGGCAAGCGAUGACAGCGUACUCUUCCCCCGCGGACAAUCAAACUGGAAUCUUGGAGGGCUACAAGACAUAGCCGAGGUGGAGUCGAUUAGGUCGCCCUCCAUCUCCCGUCUGGAACCCUUCAACAUUGACGACUCCGGAAGCGUCAUGAACCGGGCAAAGCCUGUGGACGGAAACACUCUCUUUGGCGGCCGGCAAAAAGUCUACAGGCUCCCGGCGAACGGCUCUGGCGCGGGAAAGGACGGCCCCAUGUCCAGCCGGACGCUACUCGAGGAUGAUGUGGGCAUGUCUGCCUUCCAGAAAUGGCGGUUGGCAGAGAAAGAAAGGCAGAUGGCCGAAGGAGGCGAUUCCUCUUCCAACGAGGCGGCAGACCUCGAGUCUCAGUCAGACUCACACUUGGAGCCGCCGCAGGACUCCCAGUCGGAACUGCUGUCAGAGUCCCGGUCUGAGACCAGUCGGCGACGAGAGACAAGCUCAACGGUUUCGUCGGUUGCCGCUCGCUACUCUACUGCGACGUCGGUUACCUCUCAAGGCGCAACGUCCGUCCGGGAUUCCCAGUUCACGUCGUCGACCUCGUCGUCUUCUGCGGAGCGGAGCGUCCUUCGGACACGACGUCUCUAUGAGCAGGGCCUAAGCCGCGACCUUCAAGACCAGCAGUCGUCAGCCAUGUCCAGGAUGGAUCAUCUGUCCAAGGGACGCCCCUUUGCAUCUGCGAUGCCUGAUGGGGCCUCGCCAACUGCCAGUGCCUUUGGCGAUCGCAUCCUGGAGCGACGGCCGAUCCUGGCAAAGGCUAGUGCCCCCAACCUGCGGUCGUUCACUCCCUCGGCCACCAAUUCUGCAUCCGCUUCUCCUUCUGAGACCAGUUCCAAGUUCCCGGCCGCUGGGGUCUCCAAGUCAAACUUUGGGGCCGCGCCCAUCAGCCCCCCUAUGAGCGAGCCAGAAGAUCAUCCGAUGCUUGCUAUCCAGCCCAACGACAGAGGCAAAGCCACGGCCAUGGGCGUUUUCGAGAGGCCAGCUGAGAAGUACGAUGACUCCACCUAUGCGCAGCGGCAGCUACAGCUUCAGCAGGGACGAGAAACGCCGGUGAACCGCCACCGCUCCAUGGAAUCCAGCGUCUCCGCCACUUCAGAUAUCAAGUCAUCGUCAGCGAUGCAGCAAAACAAGGCCGAGCCUGCGACAGCCAAAGCAGUGGCCCCGGAGGACCCCCCUUCCUUUUUCGAUGACAGCGACGAUGAUUCGUCCAUGCUGAACGGAGCCCCGAAUACCAUUAAAUCGCCAAACCCAAGCCUGUCAGUGGAAAGGCCCAACGAUGGCGAUCAUCCAGCCUUCAAGGGGUCUGCCAUCCCUGCCCCCCUCUCGCUCGGUCCCCGAGGCCCAUCUGGCAACCUUUCGGCCGCGCCCAGUCCUGUGCCUGCCGCCCCGCAGGACUCUCCAACUCUGGGGCCAAAUACCGGCUUGAGUGGUAUGGUGCGGGCUCAUCUGCGUAGCGACAGCAACGCCUCCUCGGUCUAUGGCAUGCCGGCAGAGGAGUCGGAGCCGACUCGGGCACAGAGCGGUCUGGGCUUGGAUCAUGACCGCAGUCCCGGCUCGGCACAAUCGGCCACCCAUGGACGGCCCCCGAUGUCCCGGUCACCUUCCCGCCCCAGGGCUUCCAACGACGAGGUAGAGAGGGAGGAGGAGGAUGCAUUCGCCCGUCACCUUGCCGAUGGCGCUCGACGCGUCCGCGAGAAGCUGGGUUCGAUGGUGGAUGCCGAGAUGGACAGGCCGUCUCCGAUGACCCCGUCCGCCUUGGAUAGUCCCAAGGACGUCCCCCCUCCUCGAACGAAUGCCUUGGGCAUUCUAAAGUCCAAAUCUAGCCACACCUCUCUGUUUGACCGCCACGCUCGCGACCAGAGCCAGCCGAGGUCCAUGAAGAUGGUCAUGUCUUCCAACGGAAGUCUCCCGCCAUCUCGGAGAGGAUCCACGGAGGCCGCAGAUGACUCGCGCCGAGGGCGAUCAACGCAGGCCCGAGAGCGACCAUCAGACAGGGGCGUUUCGACGGACAAAGAGGACAACGUCCCCGUCGGCCUCAAGGCAUUCCGCCAAGCACGUCUCGAGCUCCAGAAGAUGAAGGAUGUGGAUACAACGCAAAGACCCUCGGAACGACCUCCGCUGAGCGCACGGUUGGCGUCGCACGAUGCCGGCGGCCCUCCACCAGCCAUGUUUAACAGAAAGGCACGUGACGAGUCUCGGCAUGGAAGUGGUUCUCGCGCAACCUCACGAGCAGGCUCGCGAGCUCCUUCUGAGCGAGAGAGGAGCGGAUCGGAAACGAGCAACACAGGCCCCCCUCCGCUUCGACCGAUGCGGCUAAGGAACGGGUCGAAUGCGUACGACGACCAGUAUAUGCCAGUUAGUCCACCAGGCAGUGCCAGAAGCGCCCCGGGUAUGAGACACGGCCCUCCCAGUGCUCGACAGCGCCCUCCCUACGAGGCGGGACAGCCCUCCCCGAUGGCCUCUCCCGUUGGCAUGGGCACGAGGUCCAGAAACGGCAGCCUGCUCGGAGCGACGGCGUCGACGCCGAACCUGUUGUCGAAUGCAGCAGCCCCUCCACUGCCACCGAUCAACCCCCGGCGCAAGACCCUGGGCCGGGGCAGCGAGGAUGGCGGCAUGCCAUCGCCGCGAGUUCCCGGGGGCUUCCCCGGUCAAGAUGAGUCGGAUGACGAUACUCUGGCCCAGCGCCGGCAGAAGCUGCGCAAGGCCACAAGCGAAGGCACCAGCCUGAGAUCGAGAAACGUUCCUCCUCCCAGCAACGGCAUGAGGCCGCCAAUGCCUCAGGGUGGACUUCCGGGCGGCCUCAUCUGA